AUGUGCUCACCAGAUCCCGAUGAUAUGGUUGUGAUGCCGACGCACGAUAUUCCAGCGUAUGAUGAGUGUAACGAUCCGUAUGGACCGGAAGGUCAUCUAUCAUUGGAUAUCGAUUGCUUCUCGGCAUUCAUGAAUCGUCCGGAUAACAGAAUGAUGUCGAAACCAGUGAUUGUUCGCGGGAUUCCAUGGCGCAUUCUGGCGAUUUGCAGAUCUCAACAGGGCGGACGGCACACGAUAAGCUCACGCGUCUCACGAAACAACUAUAAUUUCGGGUUCUUCCUUCAGUGCAACAACGACGAGUUGCUUCAGAAGCGCGGCAUUUGGAGGUGUUAUGGGCAGGCGACACUUGAGGUGUUGAAUACGAAGGGGGCGUCGAUUCAGAAGAAGAUUCAUCACUCGUUUCACAAUGGUGAAGUCGAUUGGGGAUUUUCGAAUUAUGAUCAGUAUGAUACGUUGAUGAAUCCAAAAGACGGAUAUGUGGUGAAUGAUACCAUCAAAUUGAGGUGUCGAUUCACAGCCGAUGUUCCCAGUGGAGCUGGUUAUUUAUGGGACAGCAAACGACACACUGGAUGCAUUGGUCUUCGAAACCAGGGCGCCACAUGCUACAUGAACUCGAUAUUGCAAUCAUUCUACUUCACAACGGGUUUCCGACGAGCUGUAUAUAAGAUGGAAGUUGGCACCGAGCCAAGCGAGAGCAACAUUGUUCUCGCCAUGCAGCGAGUCUUCUACGAGUUGCAAAUGUCUAGUGAAGCAGUCGAGACGAAUAGUCUGACACGGGCGUUCGGAUGGGAUAAACUUGACGCGUUCAAUCAGCACGACGUUCAAGAGUUUUGUCGUGUGCUUUUAGACAAUCUAGAGACGAAAAUGAAGGGAAGUUCUGAAGAGAAAUCGAUUCCGAAUCUGUUCCGUGGUAAUAUGAAGUCAUAUAUCAAGUGCCUUGAUGUAGAUUAUGAGAGUUCAAGAACUGAGUCUUUCUACGAUGUACAGCUCAAUGUUCUAGGAAUGGAUAGUUUGGAGCGCGCAUUCCAAGCCUACACCACAUCUGAAACCCUCGACGAUGAGAAUAAGUACGACGCCGGGGAUCAUGGACUGCAGAGAGCCGAGAAAGGAGUGAAAUUCGUCGAGUUGCCACCAGUCCUUCACGUCCAACUAAUGCGUUUCCAAUACUGUGGUGUCGAGCAGAAAAUCAACGAGCGCUUCUCGUUUCCAGAGAAAAUGAAUCUGGCUGAGUGUUGCGAGUUGGGACCGUUGCUCACCGAGGAGGAUUGUGUUUAUAGUUUGCACGCGGUGCUCGUUCACAGUGGAGAAUUCCACGGCGGACACUACGUCACGUUUAUAAAUGUGAAUCUUCAUGAGUCGGCUGUCGACCCGACUGCCACUGCGAAAUGGUGCAAGUUUGAUGAUGACGUGGUGUCGAGAACGACUACAGAUGACGCGAUAGUUAGCAAUUUUGGAGGCGAAAAGGCUAUGAAUACGUCUGCUUAUAUGCUGGUCUACGUGCGUGAUAAUGCUAUCGAACAGGUGUUGGCACCGAUUCCAGAUACACAAAUCCCGCAGUCAGUGUCUCGAACCUUUGAGUUGGAGAGAAUGACUCGGAACAGAGAGAAAAAGAAAAUGGAGGAGGAGCAACUUUGUAUGACAGUAGCCCUUGUGACACCUGACAUUGUCGCCACCAAUCACACGUAUGAUCUCGUCGAACAGACAAUUAUCAAUGAAGUUAUUCCACAUGAGACUGUCUGGAAGCAUAUGAUGACUGCUGAACUCUAUCUUUUCGUGAAUGAUAAACUGUUCCAGAAGAGUGAUCUCCCGAAAGUUGAUAUGUUUGAUAAUGAUGAUCAUGCUAUGGAAUUGAGACAUCGAGUGAUUCGUCAGAUUAAAUCGAAAAAGUUUAACUUCCGAUUGUGGAGAAUGUCAGAUGCGUACCCGAUGGAGAAGAGUCAGAAGCAACCGAGUCGGUUGAGACCAACUGAGUUCAUCGAAUGCAGUGGUGAUAUGCGACUGGAUUCGAUUCUAUCCUCGGAAUUCGAGGUGUUGUAUGUGGAGUUCUCGAAUAAUAAGGAUCGACCGCUGAAUGAUUAUUUGACAACGAGAGAUAUACUCUUCUUCAUCAAGUAUUACGAUGCGAUCACCCAUAAAUUCAAUAUCAUCACUCACACAAUGCUAGAUUGUCAUAAAAGAGUUUCAUUGUACCGUUCACACCUCUGUGAGAUUCUUGGAUUGCCGACGGACACCGAGUUGAAAUAUUACAUCGAGCACUCCCCAAUGACUGUUGAGUAUAUUGAUGAGACCAAUAAGAACACGCUCGGCAGACUAGUCGAAGAUCAGGACGGCUCGAUUCUGAUUGUGGAGAAGGCGGCGACGUCGACGCCGAUUAACAAUGCGAAGGUUAAAAUGAGCGAGUUGUAUUUGAGAGUCGAGUUUGAGUUCCAUCAAGCGUUCCAUAAUAAGAAAGUGGAGGAGGAGCCAAUUGAGCCAUUCUUACUGAAAUUCUCUUUGGAUCAGCCAUUGACUGACGCUGCUAAAGAAGUCGCAGCACGUCAUGACGUUGACCAUCGUAGAAUUCUCUUCUGGACCCGUAUGUCUGGAAACCGUCAGGAGGCGUGUUUCGAUGACUAUUCGAUUCAUCAAUGCAGACAACUAAUGAAUCGCCAAAUCCACGAUCCACGUAUUAUGAAAGUAUAUCGUGUUCAGUAUAUCAUUAUGCCAUUUGACGUUGAGGAAGUUAGCAAGACUCGAAUGCAGUGUCGUCUCUAUUGGCAGUUGCCAAAUGGACAUGUGGAGGAGGCCACUUUGUUCCCACCGAAAGAGGGAACUGUGGCGGAUUUGCUGGAAGAAGCUGAGAGAUAUUAUCCGUAUGCAGAGGGAGGAUCCAGGAAGUUCAGACUGCUCCAAAUCGGUAACUCACCGCUGAAUAACCAACGCGUCUACCAGAUCUACAAUGAAAACCUGGCUCUUGCUGAUGUCGAUCAGAGAACAAUGUAUAAGAUGAAUAUCCAACAAGCUCUUCACGCCCGUAUCGAGGAGAUUCCAUUGGAUGAGCUGGAGAUUACACCAGGAGACUUCUUCUGUCCAGUAGUCCAUUUUGAGCGUGAACCAACGAAGCUCUUCGGUGUCUCAUUUGUCAUCAAAAUCCGUAACGGAGAGCUGAUGACUGAAGUCAGGGAUCGUCUCCGCCGGAAGUUGCCCGACGUGACGGACGCCGAGUUUGCGAAAUACAAAUUCGCGUUGCUCAGCCGGGAUAAGCUUUGUCGCAACAUUGAGUUCAACGUCGGCGAGAAGGUCAACUUGACGGAUAUGGCCAAUCAGACGACUGGAGUCCCCCAAGUCUACAUCGGGUUGGAUCACAAGGCCCCAUCGCAACAUUCAAACGAAGCUGCCAUUCGAAUUUUGAACUAA